UCCGAUAGUGUCUACGUCACCGCGUUUCCCAGUCGGAAAAAACGUCUUGUGGGGGCGGAGCCACGAAUUCAAACUUGGGCGCGAGGAGGGGAAGAGGAAACGGUUGGACGGAGCGAGAAGGAGCCGGAGACAGAGCGAACCGGUAUCCGAGCGGGGGGUCUCUCAUACAUGUCCUGUCCGGCGAACUGACCGAUACCCACCCACGGCCGGAACAUGGCGGCCUCAAUGAUGAACCUGCGUAACCUUUUUGAGCAGUUAAUGCGGCAGGCGGAAGUACUUAAUGAGGGAAUAGAACCACAGUUCAUUCAGCUGGCAAAAAAUUUUGAAGACUUUCGCAAAAAAUGGCAAAAAGCAGAGCACGAGCUAGUAAAAAGCAAAGAGAUAAUGAUGAAGACUGAAACCGAGCGCAGCGCACUGGAAGUCAAGCUAAAGCAUGCUCGGAAUCAGGUGGAUGUGGAGAUUAAGAGGAGGCAGCGUGCAGAGGCAGAAUGUGAAAAACUGGAACGGCAGAUUCAGCUCAUCCGAGAGCUGCUGGUAGCUGAUCCAUCAUGUAGUAUUCAGCUUAGUGAGCAACAGAAAAGUGCCUUGGCUUUCCUCAACAGCAAGACUCGCAUGUCCAAUGAUGGCAAUGGCACAAGAAGAUUGUCUACAAUUGAUGAGUCUGCAUCUAUUCUCUCUGACAUCAGCUUUGACAAGACAGAUGAUUCAUUGGACUGGGAUUCCUCUCUUGUGCGAAAUGUGAGGUUGAAAAAAAGGGAGAAACGGAGGUCCUCCAGACAUCACAUAGAAGGACCCCCUGUUCCUUCAAAGAGAACACGUUCGUUUGGACUAGCAAUAGAUCCGGCUAAUGACUCCAUUGUAGCAAAAACGACUGUUACUGUUCCAAAUAAUGGAGGCCCAAUUGAAGCUGUGUCUACCAUUGAAACUGUACCAUACUAUACACGGAGUCGUAAAACUGCCCAAUUACAGCCAUGGAGUAGCGAUUCCAGCUUAAUGAGCAGGCAACUGGAUGGUGACACAGACAUCUGCAGAACUCCACAAGGUGCAGGGAUGCGGCUACAUGAAUUUGUGUCUAAAACGGUGAUAAAACCAGAGUCUUGUGUCCCAUGUGGAAAAAAAAUCAAAUUUGGCAAACUUUCCUUGAAGUGUCGUGACUGUCGUGUUGUAUCACACCCAGAGUGUCGUGACAGAUGUCCCCUUCCUUGUAUUCCCACUUCAGGAAGCACCCCUAUGCGAAAUGGAGAGGGAACUCUUGCUGAUUUUGUUCCACAAUCUUCUCCAAUGAUUCCCUCCAUAGUGGUUCAUUGUGUUAGUGAAAUCGAACAGAGAGGACUUCAAGAGACUGGCUUGUAUAGGAUUUCGGGCUGUGAUCGUACAGUGAAAGAUCUGAAGGAAAAGUUUUUGAGGGGUAAAAGUGUUCCUCUACUUAGUAAGGUGGAUGACAUACAUGCGGUCUGUGGACUCCUCAAGGAUUUUUUGAGGAAUUUGAAGGAACCAUUACUUACUUUCCGCUUGAAUAAAACAUUCAUGGAAGCAGCUGAAAUUUCUGAUGAUGGGAACAGUGUUGCUGCCAUUUAUCAAGCUGUGGAUGAGUUGCCAUCAGCCAACAGAGACACUUUAGCUUUUCUUAUAAUCCACCUUCAAAGGGUAUCACAAAGUCCAUACUGUAAAAUGGAUGUGAUCAAUCUAUCUAGGGUGUUUGGUCCAACCCUUGUGGGGCAUGCAGUGUCUGAUCCUGACCCUAUGACCAUAAUGAAUGAUACAAAGCGUCAACCAAAGGUUAUGGAACGCCUAAUGUCCUUACCAGCUGAGUUCUGGAACCAAUUCUUGAUGAUGGAAAAUGUUGAUCCUUCUCAUAUUAUUGAAAAUGCAAAUGUUUUUAACACUCCUCAGACUCCAGAUGUAAAAGUGAGCCUCUUGGGACCCCUGACUACUCCUGAACAACAACUUGCAAAAACACCUUCAUCAAGCUCUCUCACCCAAAAGAUGAAAUCUACCUUGGGGAGGAACACUCCCAAAUUUGGAAGCAAGAGUAAAUCUGUAACCAGCAUUUCACGACAAGGCAACUUUUUUGCUUCUCCUAUGUUGAAAUGAAUAGACCAGCACAUUUCUACGCGAAUCUCAACAGCGCCCAGUGCCUAUUUAGUAUACUC